AUGUGUCUGUUACGAUGGCAUGUGUCUGUUACGAGUGACCUCCCUGAUGAUAUGAUAAUUUUUGUCCAUGGACCUGAUUACCACCAAAAUUUGACCCUUUCUUUUGGGGAAUCCAUGAGUUGGUAUUUUUGUCAACUUGGUCGUGUGUACUAUGGUGAAGUCACUUGGGGUUCAAAGAAUACAACUGUGGUAUUGUACAAUGAUCACAUCAAGAGGUUUUGUGGUCGUUUUAAGUUUGGUAUUCAACAUUGUUAUUGGUUAAUAACAACAGAUGGAUUUUACGUGUCUAGACACAAUUCACCGUUUCCUAAUUCAGAUUGGCAUUUCGAAGCACCUUGGAGUUGA